AAAAAAUGUCCAGUCUCUUCUCCCAUGGGCGGAGUCUAAAGUACUGCGAGGGACGCGGUAGGCACUCAACUGUUGAACUUCCACACUGAAAACAACCGGAUGAUGAAUAAAACAGUCUGUUUACAAAGUUUCAAAUGUGUUUGCGACUGAAGAUUUGAAACUCAGUAUGGAUACAGUGCCUAUUUAAGUAGCUACUGCAGUGGACCUCAGCCAGAGUGCGACAGUAACACUCACCUCGAAUGUGGAUUAUUGUUCAGAGUAGCAGUAUCGCCUCGGAUUUCACUCAUGUGUUUACAGUGCACUGGACACUAACUUCAGUCGUGUGUGCUCCGCUGUGAUGUGGAGAGCAUGGACAUAAAGAAGAUCUCAGCCACUCACGGAAUAAUGUGGAAACCUUGCCCAUUUACACGUCACCCGGCCCUUCUAGUUUACAUAGUCUUGGAAAUAUUUAUUCACAGCGUCAGAGGUCUCAAUGUUUGCAUGAGCGGCAGCGCCACAUCUUGUGAAGAAUGUCUCCUCAUUCACCCGAGCUGCGCCUGGUGCGCGCAAGAGGACUUUGGACAGGUCAGAACUCUCAACUCACGGUGUGAUUUUAGCCAGAACUUACUGAAAAGAGGAUGCGAUGCACCUUUUAUAGAAAAUCCCAGGAGCGGCAUCUCUCUGUUGCGGAGCAAGCCUCUGAGCUCCAAAGGUUCUGGGGUGACCCAGUAUGAUGUCAUCCAGAUAUACCCACAGAAGAUCUCGCUCAGCUUAAGGCCUGGUGACCAGACCUCUUUUGAGGUACAAGUGCGUCCUGUGGAAGACUACCCUGUUGAUUUGUACUACCUGAUGGACCUCUCGCUUUCCAUGAAGGACGAUCUGGACACAAUCCGCAACCUGGGCACCAAACUGGCUGAGGAAAUGAGGAAGCUUACAAGUAACUUCCGCCUUGGCUUUGGCUCCUCUGUGGAUAAGAACAUCUCACCCUUCUCCUACACAGCCCCCAAGUACCAGGACAACCCAUGCAAUGGAUAUAAGUUGUUCCCAAACUGUGUCCCUACGUUUGGUUUCCGUCACCUCUUGUCUCUUACGGACAAGGUUGACCGUUUUAAUGAAGAAGUGCAGAAGCAGAUGGUGUCGCGGAACAGGGACGCACCAGAGGGGGGGUUUGAUGCCAUUCUGCAGGCUGCAGUUUGCAAGGAAAAGAUUGGCUGGAGGAAAGAGGCCUACCAUCUCUUGGUGUUUGCCACCGAUGAUGUCCCUCACUUGGCUUUGGAUGGCAGGCUCGGUGGACUAGUGUAUCCUCACGAUGGACAGUGUCACCUGAACGACAAGAACGAGUAUAGUGCUGCAAACAAGAUGGACUACCCUUCACUCGCUCUACUUGGAGAGAAACUGGCUGAAAACAACAUUUUCCUCAUCUUUGCUGUGACCAAAAGGCACUAUGUUCUUUACAAGAAUCUCACAGCAUUGAUCCCUGGGACUACAGUGGAAAUCUUGGACCAAGACUCCAAAAACAUUAUUCAGCUAAUUGUGAAUGCAUACAAUAACAUCAGGUCGAAAGUUGAGCUGAGCGUAUGGGACCAUCCUGAAGAUCUCAAUCUGGCUUUCACCGCCACCUGCCAAGACGGCCAGCCCCUGACCGGUCUCCGCAAGUGUGCUGACCUCAAAAUUGGUGACACUGUCUCCUUCAACGUAACUGUAGACGCUCGAGGAUGUCCUCCGAAAGGCACCAGCAAGAGUUUCACCAUCAGGCCUGUUGGUUUUAAAGACCAUCUGGAGGUCUCUGUGGACUACCGCUGUGAUUGUAGCUGCACAGAUUUCACCCAGACCAACAGCAGCCGCUGCAACUCUGCCGGCACUUACAGCUGCGGGAUGUGCGGUUGUGAGCCCGGACACCUGGGAGCCCGCUGCGAGUGUGAGGAGGGUGAGGUCAACCACCAGUAUCUCAGUGCCUGCCGUGAGGCUGAGGGCAAGCAGGUGUGCAGUGGCCGUGGAGAAUGCAGCUGUAACCAGUGUCUAUGCUACGAGUCAGAGUUCGGCAAAAUCUAUGGCACCUUUUGCGAGUGUGACGACUUCUCCUGUGCCCGACACAAGGGUAUACUGUGCUCAGGCCAUGGAGAAUGCCACUGCGGUGAGUGUAAAUGCCAUGCUGGUUAUAUUGGAGACAACUGUAAUUGCUCUACAGAGACGACUUCCUGUGUGUCGGACGAUGGCAAGAUCUGUAGCGGGCGGGGCAGCUGUGUGUGUGGGCGGUGCCAGUGCACUGAGCCAGGGGCAUUUGGGGACACAUGUGAAAAAUGUCCCACCUGUCCAGAUGCUUGUGGAACAAAGAGGGAAUGCAUCGAGUGCCGUCUCUUUAACUCGGGGAGACUGGCCGAUAACCAGACCUGCCAGCGCAUGUGCAAGGAUGAGAUCAUCACCGUGGAAACGCUCAAAACUGAUGAUUCCAACACUGUUCAAUGCGUGUAUAAGACCGAGAAUGACUGUGUGAUGAAGUUCACCUACUCUGAACAUGCCAGCGGCCAGUCGGUCCUCACCGCGCUUAAAGAGCCAGAAUGUGCUGUUGCCCCAGAUGCCAAGACGGUACUCCUGGCAGUUGUUGGCAGCAUCUUGUUGAUGGGCAUCGUGCUGCUAGCCCUCUGGAAACUGGUUAUCACCAUCCAUGACCGCCGCGAGUUUGCACGCUUCCAGAGUGCACGUUCACGCGCGCGAUAUGAGAUGGCAUCUAAUCCUGUUUAUAAGCAGUCCAUCCCCUCUCACCCAAUGGAGAUGGAUUUCCAUAUGCAUAAUAUCAAGUCAUGCAACGGAGGAGUCCACUGAUCAACCUUUUUUUGGACUGGGGGACAUGGCAGGACCUGUCCAGCACACCUCUGCACUACAAUGGAGGACAGAGACAGAGCAAAUGCUGUGGUCUUUUGCAGUGUAAACUUUUUUUUGAGGCGUGUAAUUCCUGAGGAUUGGAACUGAUCUUUAUGCGGUUUUAGUAAUGAAAGUUUAUUGAUGAGCAGCAGAUGGACACAUGCCGAAUUUGAGAAGAGGACUGGCUUGACUAGUUGGAGAGGCAGGGCUUACCGGCCUUUUCCAGAAACCUCCAUGAUCGAUAGACAUUGACCUGCUAUGGACCGCUUGCUUGAAUAUAUUUCCUAAUUUUUUUCCAGUUCUAACCAUACCUCCUGCACAUUAUGAUGGAUUUGCUGUGCAUUGUUUUAUAGGCAAAAAGACAUUUUCAAGUGUAUAUUUUUAACAGUGUGCCUUUCCCAGCCGUUACACAUUUUACAUCAGUUUAUUUACUAAAUGUAGUCAGAUGCCAUGAAGUUUGCAUAGAACACAAAAAAUGCUAAAUUAUACAACUCUUUAACAAAGAGAUGGGUACUAACCUAACCAGAGCAAUAAUUCUCUUAACUAUUGUUUUGCACAUUGUAUAUUAAGGUGAGGUUUAUAAAGUAAAAAAAAGAAAUGCCACUCUACAACGCUAGUCUUUUGUGUAUUGCCACAGGUUGCACAUUUUCAUGAGGAUUUUUAACUGUACAAUGUGAUGCAAUAAGACUGCCUGCUGAUAAUUCAGGAAUGUCUUGUUUGUUCUUGAAAAAGUUACAUUUAGAAGCUCCACACCCAUCCCACCAGGACCUGGACUAAAUAAAAAAUAGCCCCUGGACACCAGCUGCCAGUAAGAACUGAGACUGACCCCAUACUGAUACUUAGUCAUGUAAGUCAUGCUUGUGUCUUUUCUUGUUUUGGUGCAUGUUUUACAUAAGGUGUACAUUUUCAAAGCUCUUGCUGCAAAAAUCCAAACUGAUCACACUGCUAGUCAAUCUUUCAAAACUCAAAUAAAUAUAUCAUGCUUUUCA